GCAGCGGCAGCUGCAGGUUCGGCCGUCCUAGAGCCGCCCCCGGGUGGACAGCGCCGGGCCAGGCCAGGCCCGCCCCGCCACCAGGUGCGGUGCCACCACCCGAGGGCCCAGGAAGUGCCGUCACGGCGUGUACCGGGCGGGGAGGUUCCAGCGGGCCGGUCAGACCCUUUCGCUGGUGGGUGCCGAGCCAGGGCCGCCGCCAUGAGCAAGAUUUCGAGGUUUUUCAAGGGGGGCGGCUCGGCCGCCUCCAAGAGCCGCGGGGGGCCUACGCCGCAGGAGGCGCUGGCCCGCCUGCGGGAGACUGAGGAGAUGCUCAGCAAGAAACAGGAGUACCUGGAGACGAGGAUCGAGAGGGAGCUGGCGGCAGCCCGGCAGUACGGCACCAAGAACAAGCGAGCUGCCUUACAAGCACUGAAGAGGAAAAAAAGAUAUGAAAAACAAUUGAGUCAAAUUGAUGGGACACUGUCCACGAUUGAGUUCCAGAGAGAGGCACUGGAAAAUUCCCACACCAACACAGAAGUGCUCAAGAAUAUGGGUUAUGCUGCACAAGCUAUGAAAAAAGUGCAUGAAAAUAUGGACUUGAACAAAAUUGAUGAUUUGAUGCAAGAUAUCACUGAACAGCAAGAUGUUGCCCAAGAAAUUUCAGAUGCUAUCUCCAAUCGAGCUGGCUUUGGUGAAGAGUUUGAUGAGGAUGAGCUGAUGGCAGAAUUAGAAGAACUGGAGCAAGAAGAAUUGAACAAGGGGAUGAGAGAUGUCAGACUGCCAAGUGUUCCGUCCACAUCGCUGCCUUCCCGCCCGGCAUCAACUAGGAAGAGAGCAGAGGAUGAAGAUGAAAUGAAGAAGCUGGCUGCCUGGGCUUCAUAAGAGCAUGGAGGUUUUAUUUCACUGAACACUGUAGUGCAGAUGUAAAGAGCUGUAAUGCUGUUUUAUAGCCACACCAAUUUAAUGUGCCUGCAUUUCACACAGGCUGGGGGUUCUGAUGGCAGAUUUUGCUAAGAAUAGUAUUACUGCUCUACUACCAACCUAGUUUAAACACAAACAAAACAAAGCAAUAGUUGCCAAAACAUCCAAGCAUCGAAGUUUUCUUCAGCCUCAGCCAGAGAUUUGUUUGUUGUUAGUAUCAGUUUUUGUUGGGUAAUGUCUUACUGUGUCUGGCUGGUUUGUACAACCUGUAUGCCUCACUUACAUAGCUGGAUUCACUGUGAAAUGAAGAAGCUGAAUGAGUCAUGAGAGCCUGAUCCUAGGGAGAUACUUGGUUCAGGCUAUUUGAAUGUUAGCAAAACAGCUUUAUAUGUGUCCUGACUUGCAAGUUCAUUUGAGCACAAGAGCUAAUAGCCAUUCAUUUGGGAAUGGAGAUUUAAACAGUCAACCUGGAGCAACUUAUGGUGUCCUAGAUAUGAAGAGAAGACUCUUCUGUAGUUUUGUUUUUUUCAAGUGGGAGAGGUUUUUGAUUUCAGCUAUGGUCAGAGUAUCCCAUGCACUUGAAUUACAUUUCCAACUGAGUUAAGAGCAGUUGUACGGCAGCUGGGGUGAAGGAAAUGCUCAAGUUCUUACAGAUCCCUGCCAAACAAAACUGGUUCCUGCUACCCCUGUCAAAAAUCCAGCAGAAAUGUGACCCUCCUGUGUUCUCCUGCUGAGCAUUCAGUUCUGUCUUACAGAAACAAUGCCAGCGUGUUGCAUUCAAGAUGCCUUUUUAACUCUGAUUAAAAGCUGGGUCUGGGUUAUUCGUAAAGCUGACGUGCUGCUGUCCAGCUGACAGUGCACCUGAGGAACAGAUGCCACUCUGAGUG